AUGGCGGAGGGGGGCCCGAGCCAGAAGAGGACUCCCCUCUACCGGAGCGUCUCCUUCCAACGCUUGGCCAAGUGGACCGGGCCGGCCCAGCCCGACGGAGGAGGAGGAGACUCUCGGGGGGAGCCUUCCCCGCCCAGCGCGGAGCACCCGCCGCCGCUGGAGCCCAUCGGGCGGCGAUCCCCCGGCCGCGCCGCUUCGUUCAGCGUCUCCUCCCGCCCAGCAGCCGCCGAGCCGGCCGGCCGCGCCCUGCGGAGCCUCUCGCCCUCCGUGCGGCAACUUUCCCAGCGCUUCUGCGCGCCCCGCGCCGGCCCCGAAGACCAGCCUCUUGCAAGCCCGGCCCGCCGCCGCGGAAGAGCCACCUGCGCCCGCCCCGCCGCCGCCGCCGCCGCCCAGAAGGAGCUCGGGGGCUCCGAGGCCGGGCCGGGCGAGGCGCCGGCGCCGGACUGGCCCAGCGUGACGGAGAUGCGCAAACUUUUCGGCGAGAGUUUUCGGCGGCAGCAGCAGCAGCAGCAGCAACGGGCGGCCGAGCGAGGACGGGGCGGCCCGGGCGAGGACGGGGCUGGCCCGCCGCGGAGCAAAGCCACCGACCCCCCGGGGGCUCCUCUGCCUCCCGACGGCGGCGGCCCGGCUCUGGACGGGCUCUGCUGGGCCGAGGAGGAGCGUCGGAGCGUCCCUCCGCCGCCGCCGCCCCGCAGCUGCAUCCCUUUCGCGGGGCUCCGGCCGCCACGGGGCCCCCCAGGCCCGUCGGAGAGGCCGCCGCCGCCGCCUCAGCUGUGGGAUACUUCGCAUUCCUGGCAUAGUUCGGCCUCGCCGGCCCUCCUGGCCGCCUCGCCGGCCCCCUGCCCAGCCUGGGGCGGCUGGGUGGCCCCCGAGGUCUCCAGCAGCAGCGAGGAGGAGUUGAGGCCUUCGCCGGGCUUGGGCCCCGGGCCUGCCCUGAAGAGCCCCCCAAGGGCCUCCUCAGACAGUGAGGAGGAGGAGGAGGCCCGGGCGGUGCCCCAUAGACGCUCCCUUCGGAGGAAGAAGAGGGAAACUGAGGCCCCGGAGGAGGCCAGGGUGGUGGCUGGCAUGGAAUGGCACCUCAAGGCCCAGCUGGACCUUUCUGGGGGUCUCCUGCCCCCCCAGGAGGAGGAGAGGACGACCCCAGCUCCAGACGCCAAAGGGGCUUCGGUUGCUGAGGGUCCCAGACGGCCCUUGGGGGGUCCCCCUGAGGGCAGCAGGCCCUUCCUGGGCCCCCCGGCCCCCCUUUCCUUGGGGCCUCCCCUGCCUCUGGUGUCCCGGGUCUCCAAGGUCAACAUCCCCCCCUUUGCCUCCAGCCCAGCCGGCUCCCGGAGCAGCAGCAGAUACUCCAGCACGGAGACCUUGAAAGAGGACGAGCAGCCCGGGGUCUCUUGGACCGGGCCGAGCAAGCCGGGUCUCGGCAUGGGCCGGCCCCCCGCUUUCAGCCCAAGCGACAGCCCUGCCAGGUUGCAGGCCCCCGUCCUCCGUGCCCGGCCCAAGCUGCCGUCCGGGUUGGGGAGGUCCAGGCAAGAGUUGUCCUCUUUUGAGAGUUUGCUGCCUUGCAGCUUUGAACCGGCGGCCAGAACCAAGCACCAAAAGAAGUCCAUGUCCAACCCGGACAUUGCCAGCGAGACCUUGGCCCUCCUCACUUUCCUGAAAUCGGACCUGUCAGAGCUGAAGGCCAAGAAAAGAGCCAGCAGGUUGAGUGACCAAGAAGACGUGGCAUUUGGCGGUGAGGGGGUCAGCCGAUAUGAACCCUGUCUUCAAGGACGAACCGAGCACCCGUCGUUGGGCAGAACUCAAGGUGAGGUCCCGCCACCAAACCAUUGGGUCUUGGGCCAACGUCCAACCCUGAAGGACCUCACGGCGACCCUGAGACGGGCCAAAUCCUUCACUUGCUCGGACAAGCCGGCCUCCCGCCGCCUUUGCCUGCAAAACGCCAUGAAGUCCAGCUCUUCGGAGCUUCUGCUGGCCACUCGCUUCGACCACAAUGGUGUGGUUUCCGACAGCCGAGACAGGGAGGAAGAUAUGCUCCCUGUAAUCAUUCAGGAUCAGUACAUCCAAGAAGCCAGGCAAGUGUUUGAGAAGAUAAGUAAGAUGGGCUCAGAACACGGCUAUAAUUUUGCUUCCGAGUCCAAGGAAAGGGGGAAGGACGGGACGGAGGAGGGAGUAGAGAAAGAAGAAAACUGCAGUCGGUGCUUGGAGGAAGCUGGUCCUGAAGGAAACCUGCCCUGCGGGAAAUCUUUAGAAGAAGGUCCUGAAUCCAGUAUGACCGAUGAAGGAAUUGUGACCGAGCCAGAGACACCGCCAGCCUACAGUUACCUGGAUCCUUCCGUGGCCGCAUGGAAAUUGGCCAACCGAAGAGGAACUGAGGCCGCUUCUCUGGAGAGGAAGGAGACGCUUCUCUCAAACCAUUUCACCAAAGGGAACGACGACGUGGCCGUCGUGGAUGAGGGGCUCCCCAAUCAUAAGACGGCGUCCCAGGGAUUGUCGGAGACGCCCCUGACUCCCAGCGCCCUUCGGCGACGGAGGAAGUUCCCAUCCUUGGGAAACAACGGUUCCGAAUCCAGCAACGGGAGCAGCGGGGAAUCCAGCGUCGAUUCCUACCGGUCUCUCAGCGACCCCAUGCCCCACAGAAGGUGCUCCAUUACAGAGGAGGCCAAGAACUUCUCCGUGGAUAGCAACCUCCUGGGGUCGCUGAAUUCAAAGCCCGGAAUCUUAGACGCUUCUGCCGUGGCUUUGUCGGAUUGCACGGGGAGCGCCGCCAGCGACCUCUCGGUCUGCAGCGAUGGCCUGAAGGAUUACAGCACCGUGAUCCAGAACAUCGUCAGCCAGCCCGGGGCCAUGGACAAGGUGAUCGACGAGAAGGGCAAUGGGAAGCCCAUCAAGAAGAAGUCCUUCAGCGACCCCAGCCGCCGCGGCGAGCAUGCCAACCCGGGCUUCAUGGGUGCCGGAGAACCCAUCAACGAGAUGGAGCAGAACAUCCUGCCGUCCAGCAGUGAGCCCAUCCUUUCGGGCCAGUCGGCGGAGCAGGACGCGCGCAGGUUGUCCUCCCAGUCGGAGCAGGCUCUGCCGAUGCCGUCGGAAGCCCACGAGGUCCCUCAAAACUUCAGCUUCGAUCCCAAGCUGGCGGAGGUCUUGUCGCCGAGGAUAGUCCGGCGAAGUUCCAAGAAGCGCAGCGACCGAGCGAAUCACCAGGAGAGCAGGAAGGACGAGACGGCGCUGUCUCCCACCGUGCCCACCACGAUGGGCAGGGCAAGGCCCGCCUCCAAGCACAUGCGCCACACCAGUGAGCCUGCCACCUUCCUUCCCAUCGCCAGUGCCCACCUGCCCGCUUCGCUCUGUCAGAAUGCCCACCCUGUCAUCCAGGGGCUUCCGCACCUGCCCGCCAAACUUUCAACACCUCUUCCCGUUCCAUCCUUGGAGGAUGUGACCAAGCACUACAUGUUGACUCUCAGUUCGGGGGAAGCCCUGCCCAACAACACUGCGGAUACCCCCAGAUCGUCUCCUUCCACGCCAACCACGACGGAACCCAAACUCCCCAGAUGUCCCAAGCACCAUGGAGAUGUGAACGCCGGCAGCCCCAGGACCAAGCCACAAGUGGAUAUGCGGAAGCAUGUCACCAUGACCCUGUUGGACACAGAGCAGUCCUACGUGGAGUCUCUCCGUACCUUGAUGCAGUUUUCCAAAGAUAUCUUGGUGAAUAUUUAUUCUGCCUACAUCGAUAACUUCCUAAACGCCAAGGAUGCCAUAAGGAUCGCCAAGGAAGCCCGGCCAGCGUUUAUGAAAUUUCUGGCGCAAAGCAUGAGGGAAAACAAAGAGAAACAGGCCCUGUCCGAUCUCAUGAUCAAACCAGUGCAACGAAUUCCACGCUACGAACUUCUGGUCAAAGACCUUCUCAAACAUACUUCAGAGGAGCAUCCGGAUUACCCUUUUUUGAUAGAAGCCCAGAAGAGCAUCAAGCAGGUAGCCGAGAAGAUCAACAAAGGGAUGAAGAGCGCAGAGGAACUGGAGCGGAACGCGCGGAUAGUGCAGGAGAUCGAAUCCCACAUCGAGGGCAUGGAAGACCUUCAAGCUCCACUUCGGAGGUUCUUACGGCAGGAGAUGGUGGUGGAAAUGAAGCCGGUAGGUGGGAAGAAGGAUCGGUCGCUGUUCCUCUUCACCGACCUGCUCGUUUGCACCACGCUGAAGCGCAAGUCGGGGUCUCUGCGACGGAGUUCCAUGAGUCUCUACACCGCAGCCAGCGUGAUCGACACAGCCAGCAAGUACAAACUGCUUUGGAAGGUGCCUCUGGAGGACGUAGAGAUCGUGAAAGGGAGCUGUCAAUCCAGCAACCGCGACAGCAUCCAGAAAGCCAUCUGUCGCUUGGACGAAACCCUGGAUGAUGUCAUCAAGGAUUUAAUGGCCGCCAUCCACCGGGAAUUGACGGAGAAGCAAUCCGUGUCCUUCAGCCUUUCCUUCCCCCCCAACAAAAUGGAGCUCACCGUCACCAAAGCCGACAGCACCGAUUCUCACAUUUUUGAAUUUCCCAAUCCGGACGCGCGGCACAGUUUUGAGCAAGGCUUCGAGGACGCCAAGAAGAAGCUAGCUCUUAAGGGCGGAUUCCUUUUGCUUCCCUCCCCCCCCCCCCCCUCCUGCGCCCCCCCCCGCCACAGCAACCCGGAGAACGCCUACGAAGUCUGGGUCUGCAACAGCGACGGCUACGUGGGGCAGGUCUGCCUGCUGAGCAUCCGGAAGGAGCCCAUCGUGGAGGCCUGCAUUGCCGUCUGCUCCGCCCGGAUCCUGUGCAUCGCCUCGGUGCCGGGUCUCAAGAGGACCUACAGGGAACGUCCGGUGUCUCUAGCCAGCCCAGCCUCAGAGCUGGCCAACCCCACCCUAGAUGAGACGGCAACUCAACCAUGUCUGCACAUCUCCAUUUCUGGUUCUUCUCUGGAGAUCUCGGAGCCGAUGGACACCACCGGCCGGGAACUCGUCCCGUUUGACAGCGAUGAUACGGACGACGAGUCCUCGCCGAGUCCCUCCGGUACCCUUCAGAGCCGUUCCACCAUCUCCAGUUUUACAAAUGAGGAGAUCCCCAGCUCCAAAGACGCGAUGGCGGAGACCACCAGCUCGGAAGAGGAGCAAGACCCCAGCGGCUUCCUCCCGAUCGGUCGCCCCUUCGCCCCGCAGAACCAGAUCGCCGAAAGCCCCAUGGAUGGCCAAGCUAUGAGACGCUCCAGUCAAGGCUCCUUCACCAGGGCCAGCUUGGAAGACCUGCUGAGCGUGGAUCCCGAGGCCUAUCAAAGCUCCAUGUGGCUGGGCACGGAGGACGGGUGCAUCCACGUCUAUCAGUCUUCGGAUAACAUUCGCAACAGGAAGAACAGCCUGAAGAUGCAACACUCGGCCUCUAGUGAGGCGCCUUCCAUUCAGAAGCAAAACGCGAGUCGUCUGUCUUUUUUCUCUCAUCCAGGACGUUUUUGGGACUCUCAGAACUCCAAGUCUCUCUUGUUGGGCUCUCCGGGCAGCCCCGUAACCAAGAUGGUGGCUGUGGGCGGGAAGCUCUGGUGUGGAUGCCAGAACCGAAUCGUGAUCCUCAAGACUUCUACGCUGCUUCAGGAGCACACGUUCCUGGUCGGGCAAGACAGCAACCGUAGCGUGACCUGUUUAGUGACCUCUAGCGUCGGGAUUUGGGUGACCCUCCAGGGCAGCGCCCAGGUCAGGCUUUAUCAUCCUGCCAGCUAUGACCAGCUGGCUGAAGUGGACGUCACCCCUCCGGUCCAUAAGAUGCUGGCAGGAUCCGACGCCAUCAUCCGGCAACACAAGGCGGCUUGUUUGCGCAUCACUUCCCUAUUGGCUUGUAAAGAUCUCCUCUGGAUCGGCACCAGCGCAGGAGUCGUGCUGACCCUCCCCCUCACAGGCAACCCAGCUGCUUUGAAGACCCCACCAUUCCCGGUGGGACUUUCCCAGGGCCACACCGGCCACGUCCGAUUCCUGACGUCCAUCGAGCUGCCCGAAGGAUUUAGCGUCCUUUUUCCCCUGCCAGGAGAACCAGGUACAGACAAAUCCAGUGAGUCGGACAAACGGGAUUCGACCAGGCACCGGUCAUCCAAAUCCAAAAUGCUCGUGGUCAGCGGUGGCGACGGCUACGAGGACUUCAGACUCACCAACAGCAGCGAGACGGUGGGCCGGGACGACAGCACAAAUCACCUCCUUCUCUGGAGGGUCUGAUGUGGGUCAGAGUGGGCCCUUCCCCUCCCACCCCCGGUCGGGGUGGGCCGGGGCGGAGAGCGAGAAAGAGAGUUCCAAACUCCCGUCCUUGCCGUUCACACCUGAACGGGGUACUCCUUUACCUGUGCGUCACCCUCCCUCUCGACCGUCUUGUACGCGCGAUUGCCACCCGCAGGGAGCUGUGCCUUGAGGAGAACGGCUGCCGAUCCCCCGCCGACUGACCCCUCCCCCUCCUUAGAACGCGCGUCCAUAUUGCACGCCUCGCACUUAACCGCUGUCUCUUAAGUGUGUACAGGAGGCUAGAGGAGGGCUCAAGAGGGGCCACACCUACGCAGAGGGCCUCCCCCCCCCCGUGGAAAAGGCCCCGAGAGGCCAAGAUGGACCCCGUUUACAAAGGGAAAAAAUCGGUUUGGCGGAAGCGAUUUGGCGAGAUUGUCCCCAGCUCGACCCACCGAGGGAUUGGAUAUCUCGUGCCGGCGAAGCGAUCUCAGGAGAUUUAGACAACCUCCAGAAUAUCCGUUCUCCCUCCAGAGUUCGAUUGGCCCACAUGGCUUGUCAAAAAGGAGGUUCAACCUCCCCCUUCCAAAUUUACCCUUCCCCUCCCGACACUUCGCACGCCCAGGAUCUUCCGAUCACUCCAUUUUAAACGCGACCCGGGGAGUCCUUUUCCUCACCGCCAGCGUCCUGAUAACUCAAGGGUCGCCCUUUCGUUUGCACGGGGGUGCGAGUGCGUCUAAUUAUUAUUAUUUUUUUCCUCAAGUGUAUGUAUAAAUAAUCUUUAUUUAUUGUUGAUCAGAGACAAAGAGAAGCGGUUUAGGGGCCUCAGGAUGGAAACUGCAUUGGGAGCUUAACGGCCAUUUUCCUCGUCUCGUCCAGAGAUGGUCCGAAUCAUGAUGACGAAAAAUGUCCUCGCUGUACGGCACAGGUCCCCGAAACUUGGC